AUGAAUGAUAUAGAACAAAUUUUUAUUAAUGAUCAAGUUCGUCUAUUACGAAAAAGUCGGUUUGCUGGUUGUUGUGUGACAAUUAGUUUACUUAUUGCUCCGAUCAUAUGUAUAGUUGUAAUAUUGCGAACAAGCAAUAAAGUUGUAACAGAAUUAAAACAGGAUUUAUUAUGGUUUCCUUCAGCAGGUAGUGAAUCAUGUAUACGUUUAAUGGAUAUUGAUGGUGAUGGACUUGAUGAUGUGAUUGUUUCAUUAACUGAUGUAACAACAAUUGCGAAUGAAGAAAACAAGGAUGAAAAUCAUUCUUUAUUUUGUAAAUCAUUCGAUGUUGAAGAACCAUGUAGUGGUACUGUAUAUGGUAUACGUGGUCAUGAUUUUAAAAUAUUAUGGUCAUUUCGAAUUAAACAAUCUAUAUUCGAACUUGUUUGUGAUAUGAUCGAUAUUAAUAAUGAUGGUUAUAAUGAUUGUAUUGGUGCUGGACGUCAAGCUACUGUGGUUGCAUUUGAUGCUCGUCAUGGUAAAGUUAUUUGGGAUAGUAGACAAAUAAAAUCACGACAUUUAUUAUGGAAUUUUUAUAAUCCUAUACUUCUUUCAAUUGAUGUUGAUCAAGAUGGUAUGAAUGAUAUAUUGAUUUCACAUGGUGGUAAUCCAACAAUACCAUCGAACGUACAUGAACGUGAAGCAGGUUGUUUAAUAAUUAUAUCUAGUCGAAGUGGACAUCAAAUAGGCGAACCAUUUUUUAUGCCAGAUGGAAAAGAAACAUAUAUGUCACCCGUUUUAUAUGAUAAAUCAACUGUACUUUUUGGUACCGGCGGUGAAACAGUAGCAGGUGGAUUAUAUAGUAUAUCAAUAGAUAAUAUUAUUCAACAAAAAAAUCAAUAUGUAACAUUAGUUAAAUCAUUUACGAAAGGUAUUAUGGUACCACCAAUUGUUCUCGAUAUUGAUUAUGAUGGAAUUGAUGAUAUUCUUGUUAGUUGUUUUGAUGGAACAUUAGAAUUAAUUCAUGAUAAAACAAUGAGACCAUUAUGGACAAGAAUAUUUGAUGGAUUUGAAUUUUAUGCAUCACCAGCACCAGGUGAUUUUAAUAGUGAUUCAUUUGUUGAUUUUAUGAUCAUAAUUAAUUAUGGUGAAUGGGAUCGUUAUGAUUAUAGUCAAGUAUUAGUUAUUGAUGGUUUAACAGGUGAAACAAUUUGGACAAGAAAUAAUACUUUCGGAGAAUUUACAGCUCCAUUAACUCUACAAAUGAAGAAAAAAGGUAAAUAUCAAGAUGGUUUUAUUUAUCGACAACGUGGUCAAACAACUGAACGUGAAUAUUCAAAUGCAUCAACGAUAUUAAUUCAUGGAAUUGGUCUUCAAGAUGGAGAAAUUUCGAAAGAUGAUAACUCAAUUUCAUUGAAUUCAAAUGAUCUAUGUGAUACAUUCAAGUUAAACGAUUCAAUUAGUAAUAUAUUUCUAACAAAUAUUGAUGAAACUCGUUUAAUCGCUUCAAUUUAUCCUCCAAUAAAUGACGAAAAUGAUAUUUGUAGUAAAUUCGAACCUAUGGAACGAUCUGGCGGUGCUAUCGGUGAUGUUAAUGGUGAUGGUAUUUUCGAUACAAUAGAUCUGACAACAUUUAUUACCAAAUUAACAUCACAUAGUUUAGAAAAUUUUAUUGUUCACUCCGUUUUAACAAGAUUCUCAUUAGAUUUAUCCAACAAUGAAAAUCAAAUAGUCGCAAAUUAUCAAGCAGAUAUAUCAAAUAAAACAAUCAACAAUAAAAAACUUGUUCAAUUAUUAAUCGAUAAAAAUUCUUCACUAACAAAAUCAUCUCUUCACAAUAAAGAUUUAUCUAUUAUUCCCAAACAAACAUGGAAUGCUUAUUUAGGUCGAUUUGCUAAUAGUCAUUAUUAUCGAAAUAUUUAA